AUGCGAGAUGAUGAAAAUCCUAAACACGGAUCAUUUCAAACCCAACAAAAUUGGCAACUAUUGUCACUUGGAGUUGGAUCUACCUCUGCUAUAAACAGCCCUAGUGUUGGUCUGCUGCCUGUGGAGACUUGGAAGGCAUCACUCCUUAAUUCAGAUCCCUUUCCUGGGACCCUGGACUUCCAGUCCUUGUUGGGUUUAUUAUUUGUAAAGCUGCAUUAG